AUGGCAAACAAAGAUUACUCCAAUACCUACCACGAAGCUAUCCAUACACUCCGGAAAAGUUUCGGUGUGGAUGGUAAUAGUGUGAAAUUUGAAUUAAUACCGACGGUCAUGUGUCUCGCCUUGGCGGAGAUGAUGAUUCCAGAUUCGGCUGCGGCUAUAGCGGAGCAUAUCAAGGCUGCUGGACUAUUAUUUCAAGCCUAUGGGCCCGAUGCAUGUAAAGAGGGAUUCGGUCAUAAACUUUUCGCUGGGUUCCGUCCUCUUCUGACAAUGCAAGCCAUUCAACAACGCCAACCAGUCUUUCUAGCUUUACCAGCUUGGAUUGAUACACCGUUCUCUAGAUUCGAUCCUUCGCUUAUGCAGCAGCUUCUUAAUGAGGCUGUCAUGCUUCCUUCAUUGCUGCAUCAGGCUGAUAUGGUGGUUGAAAAUCCGGAAAUCAGCAGCCAUCCUGAUCGUAUUGAACAAAUACUGGAUAUAUUCAUUAACUUUGCUUCACGCCUGGAUAAUUUUGAAACAGUACUGUGCGCUGACGGGUGUCCACCCUAUUGGCCUCAUGGCGAUGCCAAAUAUGCACCCCUCCCUUUCUGGUAUCCCAACAUCACCCUGGCAAAUGCAUUUACAUAUCUAUGGGCUUUGAAAAUCAUCUACAUGGCCGAGAUGAAGCGGCUAUCCACUUAUCUCCCCCGUGAAUCGCCAAAAGAAUCAUUAUCUCCAGGACGGCUGCAUUUAAGUCUCGCUGAGAAUGAUCUGCUUAUGGUAGUACUCGCAAGACAAAUUCAUUUGAGCAUGGAUUACCUGUUACAAGAUGAGAUGGAACUCUUUGGUCCAUCGUCUACCUUCUUCCCGCUCAAGGUGGCGUAUCAAAUAUUCAAAAUGGAUGAAGUCGGGUAUAAGGCGGAAAUCACCUGUAUCGGGAGAUAUUUGGACAGACUCGAUGAGAAAGGGUUACUCUCCGCUCGUUCUUUUGUCUUUGGUCGGUGA